AAUUUUAUCAAUUUUGAUGGGUUGAUGUUGAUCUUGACCUAGGAGGUUGUUUUGCUGGGAAAUUUUUGAGUACAUUGUGAUUUUAUUGAUUGAUUGGUGAAUGGGAGAUAGAUUUAUGAUGUCUCCAAAUAGACUGAGUUCUCUAUAUAACCUCACUUUUGAUGAGGUGCAAAGACAGUUGGGGAAGAUAGGUAAGCCUUUGAAUGCUAUGAAUUUGGAUGAGUUGCUCAAAAGUGUGAUAGCUGUUGAAGGAGGAGGAUUGGUGCAAAACCCAUCUUCUUCUUCAUCAUCUGCUUCUUUCUUUCUUGGGAAUUUCAGUUUGAACGGAACAUUAAGUAAGAAAACUGUUGAUGAGGUUUGGAAGGAAAUUGUUGAUCAUCAGGGCAAUGUUAAUCCAUUGGAUAACCAAUUUGUUCAACAGCAGUUAACUCUUGGAGAAACAACGCUCGAGGAUUUUCUAGUUCGUGCCGGUGUUAUCAACAGUGGGAGUCAAGAUUGUGUCCUUAAUCCACAACAAUUUAUGGCAAUCGAUCCAAUGUCUGUGGUUUCACAACAGGCUGAUUGGCUGCAGUUCCAAAUGGCUGCUGUUCAGCAGCAGCAGCAACAACAACAAAUGACAAUGAUGGAUUCAAAUUUUAAUGUUCCCGAGUCAGUCUAUGAAAGCCAAGUUGUAGAUGUUGGGUACCCGGAGAACCAGCUGGCUAUGACAAUGCCAAUGCCUGCAAUGUCAGCAACAUCUUCAGAUUCUCAGCCAACUACUGCGACGAAGGGCAGAUAUUCAGAUGUAAUGGAGAAGACCAUCGAGAGAAGACAGAAGAGGAUGAUCAAGAACCGAGAGUCAGCAGCAAGGUCGAGGGCAAGGAAGCAGGCUUAUACCAAUCAAUUGGAGCUUGAAGUAGAUCAAUUAAAGAAAAUGAAUAGCUGGCUAAAGAGGCAAAAGGAAGUGGAGAUGGUCUUGUCCUCAAAUGCAAAUCCUCUGCCGAAGUACCAGCUGCGGCGUACCAGUUCAGCUUCAUUUUAG